UUUUGGCACAAUUGUGCCGACUGUGAAAAACGCUACAUAGGACAAAGCGGAUGCCCUCUACAUCUUCGCCUGCAUGAAUAUCAAUUAGCAGUCAAACGCCAUGAUAUUUUCUCACUUAUAUCAAUGCACGUGGACAACUGCGGACACUCAUUUAACUGGAAAAAUGUGGAAAUCUUGGAUAGUCAAUUCCAAAAACACCGGAGAGUUUUUAGAAGCUUGGCAGUCAGGUCAAUCAGCAAUCAACAAGCACAUUGAAAUCGAUCCAAUUUAUCAACCAAUCAGGAAAAUUAUGCAUGGUUAUUUAUUCCCUGAAGAAGUGGCUUACACUGAGUCGUGAAACGUCAGAAAAUCUGAUUUUUCUACUCAUAGAGAUCAUACAUUAUAUUGUAAUCAUUUUUAUCUUUAUGACUGCUGACUUAUUCUUCUAACUUUGGAUGUUAUCGACACUCCACUACGUGUUUUCGUAAACACAGCCUUAUAUACUAUACCUGUGACCGCUAAAUCACGGAACCUCGAACGCAAAGUCAAACUGCUUUGUUAAGAACCACAUAUAGACAACGACAAUAAGAGUAUACUGAUA